AUUCUAAUCAGGAACAGACAAAUGCUACAACCUGUUCAUCGGAACGUAUAAAAACUCAGAAGUUGGGACAAAGUGGAGUAUCUUGCGUGAAUCCUCAAGAUAGUCGUUUCAUUCUGGUAGUGAUCAGAUUUCCAACACAUGAGAUUUUAAACACAGAACUCUCCGCAAUGGACCGCGACGGUCAAGGCGAAAACGGCGGGUUCGAACAUACCGGGCGGCGUGGCAGGCCCAAUCGACGAAAUGCCACUGAUAUCGGAAGCACAUACGUCCAUUGGAUGCACAACCGGCUCUCAAGAACGUCAAGAAUCCGAUCCCAUGAAGCUGAGCGACAGACACUAAGCUACGUGUUCAACAUCCUACCACCGGCGGCUCGGAAAGGUCGUGCUCAAGAUACCAUCCCGGCGAAACAUCUACACACCAGCUACAACAAAGUACGACAUCCUGUCAAUGUGGUAAAGUGGACUCCCGAAGGUCGCCGGCUAUUAACAGGAAGUACGAGUGGCGAAUUCACCCUCUGGAAUGGAACUGGGUUCAAUUUCGAAACUAUCAUGCAAGCUCAUGAUACCGCAGUUCGAGCAGUCACAUAUGCGCAUAACAAUGAAUGGCUCAUCUCGGCUGAUCAAGAAGGAGUGGUGAAGUACUGGCAAACGAAUUUCAACAACGUCAAAGAGAUUCAGGCACAUGCGGAUCCUGUGCGCGAUCUUUCCUUCGCACCUACAGACGCUAAAUUUGUCACUGCAUCCGAUGACGCCUCCCUUAAGAUCUUCGAUUUCGCCGGUGGCAUGGAAGAGGCUACACUAUCAGGACAUCAAUGGGAUGCGAAAUGCGUAGAUUGGCAUCCUACCAAAGGUCUAAUCGUCUCAGGAUCCAAAGAUCAUCAGGUCAAGUUAUGGGAUCCGCGCACGGGUCGAUGUCUGACCACACUGCACGGGCACAAGAACACUGUCAACAUGACCAAGUUUGAGCCCUCCAAGGGCGUGUUACUAGCUUCCUGUGCCCGAGAUCAGACGGUUCGCGUUUUCGAUAUCCGAAUGAUGCGCGACGUCUUUCUCCUGAAAGGUCACGAAAAGGAGAUCAGCUCCAUCAUUUGGCAUCCGAUACAUUCCUCAUUUUUGACGACUGGUGGUGCCGAUGGUGCAAUGUUCCACUAUUUACUCGAUGAGCAGAAUGCGCCUCCAGGCACACCAUUAACCACAUCACCAUACGACGCGGCCAGUCCCGCUGAAGCUUUAGCACAAACCAUCUUUCCCGCACACAAGAUCCCUUUCGCACACGAAUAUAACGUCUGGUGCAUGGACUGGCAUCCACUUGGCCACAUUCUCGCCUCGGGGUCUAACGACCGCGCGACUCGAUUCUGGACGCGACCACGGCCAGGCGAGGACACGUACAUCAACGACAAAUGGCACAUCGGCCAGGCCGCCGCCGAAGAAAAGGGCACGUGGAGAAAGUCCGAAGCUCAACGUGCUCGGGAGGAAGAAGAAGCCGACGUCGAAGACGAGGCCGACGGGAUCGAGGAUCAGAAAAUGCCCAGCCGAGGCAACUUUCUCCCAGGUCUCCCAGGUCUCCCAGGCCUGGCCGCACCCGGCCACCCAGCCCCGCCCGUGUCUCUGCCAGACCUCAGCGGUGCACAAAACUUUGGCGGAAAUUUCCCUGCUCCUCCGCCGCCUUUCCCCGGUGGUAUGCCGCCGCUGCCUCCCGGCAUGGACCUCGAGGCCCUCCGCCAGGCAUUCGGCGGACAACUCCCACCACCUCCCGGCAUUGGUGGCGGCGCGAACGGCGGGAUGCCGCCCUUCCCUCUUCCGCCUGCGGGCUUCCCGGCGCUUCCAGCAGGGUUCGUCCCGCCGCCGGGAUUCCCACCGCCUUCGUCACUGUUCCCGGGCGCCGCUUUGCCGAUCAUGCCCGCGGGAGAUUUCGAUGGAGGAUUUGAUAACAAACGGAGACGAGCGCCAUUGCCGAGUCAGCAGGAUAGCUUGAAGGAGGAGAUGAAGUUGGGCAGAUAUGUCAAGCCGCGGUGAGUGGAACUGGGUUGAAUCAGGGAGAGUGAAAGGCAUGACUGUGUUCUCGGUCUCCAUCGCUUGGCAAGGUUUCUGUCCCCGAAUUCAUCUCAUGACUGGAGAUCUCCAAAGGCAUCUACUCAUCACUGCCGUUGGAUCUUGUAGAUCUACUGGCGCAUGCUUGCUGCUCUUGAGGCCCUUGCUUUUCGGUGAAUAAGUUCCCAACAGGUGCGGAUGUCACAACGAUUUUGUACAGUACAAUUACAUCCAAAGCCGCUAUGAUCAUAAGCAUCAACACAUGUGAAUUGAUUCCAUUGCAGUUCAUCACAAUGUUAUUAUCGUG